UGAAGUGUUGUGAUUUGUGAAUGGAUUUCUUGUUUCUUCUUCCGUAUUAUUUCUAUCCAGUCUUAGAGAAAUCUAUUAGCUUACAAUCCAUAUAAUUUGACAGAUUGUAGAAUAUUGUAAAGGUAUAUAAAAGAACGAAUACAAUAAGUAUUCCAUACUAGAAUUAGACUAUAAUAAUUGGAAAGACAUUCAGUUUGGACAUUAUUUUGGGAGUGGAACAGAACAUAAUUGACUGAGACAAUGGUGAGAGUAUACGCAUUAGCAGUUCUAUAUAAGGGAGUGAAUAGUGCUACAGUAUUAAAGGCAGCAUACGAUUUACAAAGCUUCAGCUUCUUUCAGAGAUCAUCUGUUCAAGAAUUUAUGACAUUUAUAAGUAAAACUGUGGUAGAAAGAACACAGCCAGCAUUUAGGCAAACUGUCAAAGAGGGAGAAUAUAUGCUUCAAGUUUAUGUAAGAGCUGACAACUUGGCAGGAGUAUUAAUAUCAGAUCAAGAAUAUCCAAACAGAGUGGCACACACACUAAUAACAAAGUUUCUGGAUGAAUUUGCAGCUAAAGUGCCUCCUAAUAAUUGGCCUACAGCAAAUGAAACUACAAUAGAUUUUCCUGUUUUGCCCCAAUAUUUGGCCAAAUUCCAAAACCCGAAAGAAGCAGAUGCCUUAACGAAGAUACAGAAUGAUUUGGAUGAAACUAAAAUUAUUCUCCAUGAUACUAUUAAAGCAGUAUUAGAAAGAGGUGAAAAGCUUGAUGACUUGGUUGAAAAAUCUGACAGUCUUACAAUGCACAGUAAAGCAUUUUAUAAGACAGCACGAAAAACUAAUAGCUGUUGUAACUUCUGAGUUAUAAUCCAAGCCAAGUAUAAAAUUAUAGUAAAUAUUUUUCAUGUAUGGAAAUAUGAAGAUUAUUGUUACAUGUUAUCUCAUGUGUGAUAAGCUUUUGCUGUAUAGUGUAAUAAUGUUAUAAAAUGUCUUAAAAUUAUUUAGCCUUACUUUAGUUUUUAAGGGUUCCAUGUUUGAAAUGUUCAAGACAAUCAAUAGAGGUAAAUUAUUUGUCAUAGGUCUUAAUUGGGAAAACACUAGUCCUGUUUUGAAUCUUUACUCUUCAUAAUUUAAUUACUGGUUUAUUUGUUUUGAAGAGAUAUACCUAUGUCAUAUUCCCUAAUCAUUGUUUUUAAAAAACAUUUACUUAAUCUUGAAUAUCUUGAAAUAUUUAAAAAUGAUAACUUAAAUAAGUUCCAUUUGAUGAUUUGUAUAUAAAUAGUUUAUUAGUUAAAUGAUCACAGAUAAAAGAAAAUGAUCAAGUUUUUUUUUAAACAUUUGUAGUAUAUUAAUUGGGAGAUUACAGAUUUAUGGAAUUUUAAAAAUGUUGAUGAAUAUUUAGUAAUGAAAAGUGUAAACUCUAUAAAAUGUAGUGAAUAUAUUUAUAUGAUUGGAAGAAUUUACUCUAGUUCUCUCACUUAAAUAUACCAUUUUGUAUGUAGUAAUGACAGCAUUAUGAAUAAUUAAAAAAAAGUAGUUUUAUUAGAAAACUAUUUAUCUCCAUCGUGUUGGAUUUGAAUUAGUUCAAAAGUUUAUUAAUCAAAACUAAACUUAAGAUUUUGCUACCUCGGUUUUGUAAUGGAUUUUAAGAUAGUCAUGUGUAUUCGUGAGAGGGAUUAGUGAGAGUAGAGAUAAAGGAUAAAUGGAUCUUAACUCUAGUUCACAAGGUCAAAUACGAGCUAAAUAGCUGAGUUUUACUGAUGCAUCUCAUACUCGGUGGUGAAUGAUUGCUUUGUAAGGAAAUUUGCAUGUGUCUACUAAAAUAUUGCCAUAGCUGUGUGUGCAAAAAAUAAAAAGCUUUAUAUUAACCAACUCAUUAUGAGUUAGAGGGUACCUCUUGUCCAGAAGUAAGAGUAUGCUUUUGUUCAACAUUACAUAUAAUGUUAACCAAAAGGUCAAAUAAAGUAAAAAUAAAAUGUAUUAAAUUUGGGAUGUUAUGGAAAGGUUCAUCCCUUAAGUACUUUAAGUACUAAAUUUAUACUCUCAAUUUACAUCACUGCUAACAUAUACAACUAUGGCAUGGAACUAAGCCACAAAGCUAAUUUGGAUUUAAAAUCUUUCUCAAUAAUAAAAUACGAAAAGAGAAAAAAAGAAAUAUGCAGUCUGCCUUUUAUAAUUUUCGACAUUCAUUAUUUUCAUAUGAAUUGUUCAUAGUGUAAAAUUUAUUGUUUAUAUUAGUUUUGUAAAAUAUAUGUAUUUGAAAUGAUGAUUAAGGAUUACAAAACAAGAAAAGAAGAUUUUGUUAUUUAAAUUCUUCAUUUUUUUUUAAUUGUAAUUACCUGUACUAGAUGAAAGUAUAUUUUAUUAUGUUGAAGAAUAUUUUCAUUAUAUAUAGGAAUAUAUAACACAUAGAAUAAUGUCGAGACUUUAGUGAUUAUAGUAUUUUUUUUAUUAAUAUUUUAAGUUCACAUUAGAAGUUGCUUAUAAAAAAUAAUAAUAUAAAUUAUUUAUAUGUGUCUCAUUGUAACAAGUAGAGCUUAAUUUACGAAAUAAUGUUGUUUAUUUUGUCUUAACAUGCAUCACAGAUUUGAUUCAUUUGAAUAGCUUCAAUUUAGUAAAAAUAAAUCAAAAUCAUAUAACUGAACAGAAAAAUAGAUUUUCCAAAGUUAUACUAUUAGACUAGAGGUGGGCUAUGUCUAUGAUAGGGUUCUAUAGUUUCCACUAAAUGAGUAUUAUGUGUGUUGGUGACAGUACAGUGGUAUUGCUUAUGUAUAGUGUUAUGCACAAGUUAUGUUAAACACUAGAUUUCGUAGUUGUAGCAUGGCUAGUAAUCGUGUUGUAUAUUUGAUGGGGUUAAUCUAUAUAUAACUUGUAAACAGAGACUGUGAACUUAUUAUAAUUGUUUAUAUAUAAAA